CAAAAUCAUAAUCAUAACAUAGGCCUGUAUAAAGAAAGGUUACAAAUCACAAGAUUAAUAGUACGCUACACAGACUGUAAUGAAUCACUUAUUUUACAACUGAUUGAGGUCUACUGGGUUCUCCAUACACUGUCUCAAAAUGAACUCCGCUCUUCUUCUUUUGUCAUCUCUAUCCUCCUCACGCACAAAGGAUAUGGGUCUAUCUUCACCCUUCAUCUGUAGACUUAGAUCCAAAGGUUGUCCGAGAAAUUUCUUCUCGGUUCUGAGCUUAGAAAGAGCAACAGAAAACCCAUCUCUUGCAGCCUCCAUAGCAGGAGCAAAUGCCUCUAUCACUGAUAAGCCAUCUCUAUUCAAUGAUUCGACUUUCUCCCCGGACGAUACAGAACGCAGUUCACUCUCAUCAUCUCUCAUUUCUUCUUUCACACCAUCCAUAUCUCCCCACACAGGAUUCCUUGAGGAGAUUUUACAAACA